CAACAAACCGGGCUCUUGUUAAGGCCCGGGCACAACAGGACUUCUACGAACAUACAGGUUUGACUAGAGAAUGGCAAACGCGAAGAGCGGACCUGACGAAACAGGAGGGCCAUCUGUGGAUCCCAACAUCAUCGGGGCACUACGCUGCGUCGACAGGAUCGUAAGAGCCAAAGACGUUCAUCAGUCGCCAUGGGCCAAGGCACUGCGCCUUGAGGUCCACCAAACGGAUGGCAGCGAUGAAAGUUACUUUGUAAAGAUUUCCUUAGGCCAACAUGGGCGGGACGCGUUAAAGGGCGAGUUUGAGGCCACCACGGCUAUCUACGCCAUCACGCCCGACUUCUGUCCCAAACCCAUCGCCUGGGGACGCCUCGCGGAGUGCGAUGGCUGCUUCUACGUCUGCAAGUUCUACGACUUUGCGGCCGGAGUCAUGCCCUAUCCCGUCUCCUUCUGCGAGAAGCUCGCACGACUGCAUUCAAGCCAUACAUCACCCGAGGGCAAAUUCGGCUUCCACUGCACGACGUACAACGGCGAUCUGCCGCAGGAUAACACCUGGUCCAAUAGCUGGGAGACCUUUUUUAGCGACGGGUUGCGCCAUGUACUGAAGCUACGCGAGGAAAGAGCCGGACCAAAUGCUGAGUUGGAUGCGCUCCUCCCAGCGCUCUUUGACAAGGUCAUACCAAGACUCUUGCGGCCAAUGGAGAGCAACGGGCGGAAGAUUGGGCCGUCCCUGGUCCAUGGCGACCUGUGGUGCGGGAAUGCGGCGGUCAUCAAGUCUACCGGAGAUGGCAUUGUCUUCGACCCGGCUAGCUUCUGGGCACACAACGAAUACGAGUUAGGGAACUGGCUACCAGAGAGAAACUGGUUUGGCAAUGCGUAUUUCAAAGCAUACCACUCACACAUCGAACCCAUGGAGCCCAAGGAGGACUAUGACGACCGGAUCCGUCUCUAUGCAAUGAAGUUCAACCUUCAUGCCGCAACACUGUUCCCAAACGAAGAAUCGUAUCUUGAGUUAGUGAUCAAUGAAAUCCGAUCACUUGCAGAGAGGUAUCCGGGUGGAUACUAGAAGACACACUUGACACUCUGGAGCACGUCAGCAACCGUGCCUUCCUGGCAGUCGCUCGAAAGGAUAGACUCGUGGCUUCUGGUUUAAAGACAACAGAACCAGUCGGUGUCCAAAUCCGUAACCAAGGAUGUACGCACCCAACAGGUGACCCACCACCUUUC